AAAAACAACAGAAACCAACAUGGCAGCACCCAUGCCAAUAGUCAAAGUUGCUGCCAUCUGUGGAUCGCUUAGAAAAGCUUCUUACCACGCUGGCCUCAUUCGAACCGCGAUCGAGCUGAGCAAGUCGAUAGAAGGAAUAGGCAUAGAAUAUGUAGAUAUAUCAGCUUUGCCGAUGCUCAACACCGAUCUUGAAGUUGAUGGGACAUUCCCGGCUUCUGUAGAAGCUUUUCGUCAAAAGAUACUCGAAUCUGAUGGUUUCCUUAUUGCUUCUCCGGAAUAUAAUUUCUCCAUCACUGCACCUUUAAAGAAUGCAAUAGAUUGGGCAUCAAGGCCACCAAAUGUGUGGGCUGAUAAGACCGCUGCUAUCGUGAGUGCCGGGGGAUCAUUUGGUGGAGGACUGUCACAGUUUCAUCUUCGUCAAACUGCCGUGUUUCUUGAUAUUCAUAUACUAAACAAGCCCUUGUUUGUCUUGAAUGCGUUCCAACCUCCUGCAAAGUUCGACGAUGAUGGCAAUUUGAUCGACCCUCAGGCUAAAGAGAGGUUAAAUACUGUUCUCGUAGCUCUAAAAGAGUUUACCUUACGACUAAAACAAGCCAAGUGAUGAUGAUUUGCAUAAAAGGCUUGCGAAAUCCCGUCUUUAAAGUAUUGAUGAUAAUGAAAUAAAAUGUUGCGCUUCCCUUCUUUAGUAACGCUAACUUAGGAAGGUGAAGUUUACAUUAUUCUUGAUGAGAGUGAGUCAUGGCAUGUUAGUCUUGUUGAAUCUUGUGUUACAUGCUUUUUAUUUUAUCACAGUUGUCGUGUAUGCAUGGUCUCUCUGGUUAUCUUUAAAUUGUCGAGCACAAAUUGGGCAGAUUUGCUAAUAGACAAUAUUGUGUUCGUUGUGUACAGUGUGUUAAUUUGAUGUUUUGUUGAUCUUUUA